GGCCGCUGCCCGCACAGAUCGCUAAAGCCUGGAGAGCGCGCAGCACGUCGUGCUACGGAUCACCGGGAAAUAUUAAUAAGUUUGAAGUUUCGUAAAUAUAAGUGAACGCAUCUUUAGUUACGAAUCUCAACUUUACGCGUGAAUUUUUCAGUUCAAGUGUUGUGAAUUAACUUAAAUCAAUCAAGAUGAUAUCCUUAGUGUUGUUUGUUAUGGGAGGUCUCCUCGCAUCGACAGAAGGCUGUGGUCCUGGAAAACAAUUAUUACGCUCUGGAGGAUUGUCGGCGUACGAGAAGCAAGCUAUAGUCGACGCACACAAUCGUCUGAGGCAAUCCGUUGCCUUAGGACAGGUCUCCAGCCAACCACCAGCGGCUAACAUGAUGGAAAUGGUAUGGGAUGACGACCUUGCCGCGACUGCCCAGCACUGGUCCGACCAGUGUAUCACUGCUCACGACGGUGCCUCUCAGCGGUACGACGGUCGCUUCCCCGUGGGACAGAACCUCGCCGCCACUUGGACCACUCGCCCCCCGAGCGCCAACACUGACUCCGAACCCGACUUCAACAAGCAAAUCAACGCCUGGUUCGACGAAGUACAUAUCUACGGCUUCAAGCCCAUCACAAGAGGGCACGGCACUGGACAUUACUCACAGUUGGUUUGGGGCGAGACAUCUAAAGUAGGCUGCGGUUUCACGUUCUACUACGAUCCCUCUCGAGGCUACACCAAGCUCUACGUAUGCAACUAUGGUCCCGGCGGCAACGUCAUCGGAUCCAAGCCGUACGAGAAGGGCUACCCAUCAUGCACCAACUACGGCCUCACAGAAUCCAGCAAAUACUCCGGCCUUUGCGCUGCCAGCUACACUGCUUCCACAUCUUACCAAACCGUGGACAACAGCAACAGCUACAUCUCGAACGCCAUCCCCGACAGCUCCGCCGACACCCAGGGCUUCAACUAUCAGUUCAGCAACCAGUUCUACAAUCAGUACAACAACCAAUACCAGUACAACUACCAGCAGCCCAACACCUACUACCGCCAAGAAACCUCGACCUUCAGGCCUAUCAUUAGCAUCAUCAAGACUGCCUCCAACCUGUUCAAGAAGCCACAGGUCCGGAUCGGCACCGUCUACCUAUAAGACGUGUCUCUCCCGAGCACGCUCAUUGCAGUAUUGUUUGUAAAUUAUUGUGACAGUUGUGUUACCCGACUGAUAUUCGAAACUCACAGUUUCGGAACCAUGUAUGAUAUUGUUAUUCCUUGGUUUUACAAGGAACUUAAUUAAGUUUUUCCUUCUUUACUUAAAAUGUAUUGAGUAUCCAGCAUUGUGAAGGUCUUGGUGAUUUUAUGUUAAAGUUGCGAUGCUGUCGAGAUGGCCUUCUAGUAUUAGCAGAGUGUAAGCGAAUUGUUAUUUAGAUAGAUUUAUAUUUAUAUUUUUAAAUAAAUAUUUCUUAAUACAAUA